AAUUUAGCCUUUCUCAGCAAACCGACUGCUUUCACUGCACAAACAACUGUUUUUCCAGCUUCCACUACUUGCGCUGCCUUCAUUCUUCUCUCCAUUACCCCUUAUUUUCUAAGAUUGCAUCAUUUUCGAACAAAAUCUCCCCCAUUUUUUCGCAGCCAUCUGGACAAGUUUCACCAGAUCCCAGGAAGUAAAAUCUACUGCAUUUUUGCAACCCUCUGAAAACCUAGUCAAAAGUCUUUUGUUUUUUUCCCCCAGAUUUUCUCCAUUAUCUUAUUUUCUUUUUAAUUAGCUUUUUGGAUUUUACUCUCCUUCUUCCAAAGGAUUCAAUUCUAGAUGUUGGUUUUAUGCUUUUAUAACUAUUGCACCUUGUUUUCUACUUUACGUGUAUGUAAUGAAAAUUGAUCUUGAAGUUAACUGGUUAGAAAGUAAGUACCUUCAGGCACUUCGGGGAGAAGCCUUAGUAAUAUUGUUAUCCUUUCUUCCGUCGCACAAAGUCGCUUAAGCAAGAAUUAACAACUGUUGUUCCAGUCUCAUUUCUGCGUUCCUUGCAUUCCUCUCUUCAUUGCCCCAUGUUUUCCAAGAUUAUUGCAUUAUUUUGGUAAAAUCUACUACAUUUUUCUGUCUCUCAGAAGCAGGAGUUUCACGACAAUAGGUUAACCCCUCUAUUAAUUUGAAAUCUACUUUACAUGUAAUGAAAAUCUUCCACGUAGUUAGAAACUUGCGAGCAAUCUGUGGGGAAGCGUUUCACUUGGCACAAAAAAAAAAAAUGAAGAAAGAAGUAGGUCCCUACCCUUCUGCCUCAUUCUAAGGUGAUUUGGGGAAAGCACUAGCCAUUCAAGCAAGAGUCAUUUAGGCGACGAAAAUUAACAGGUGCAGAAGCUUCUCUGAGCAAAUCAACUGUUUUCACUGCAGAAGUCUUUCUCAGUGAACCAACUGCUUUCACUGGCAAAGUAAAAAGUGCUGUUCUAGUGUAUUUCCACUUUGCCUGCCCUUCUUCUCUUCGUUGCCUCUUAUUUUCUAAGAUAGGCAUCAUUUCAUUUGGGAUAAAAUUUACCGCAUUUUCUGCCUUCUCAGAGUUAGAAGCACAAGUUUCAGAUUAUUGCAUCAUUUUGAUAAAAUCUACUGCACUUUUGUGUCUCUCAGAAGCAAAAGUUUCACACCAGUAGCUAGAAAAUUCCGAGCAAUCCGUGGAGAAGCGUUUCAGUAGGCCCCUCCCUUUGCUGCUCCACAAAAAAAAAAUAAUAAUAAAGGGAAAAAAUUUGGCAUAUCCCUUUCUGUUUUCAUUUGAAGGUUAUUCGGGGAAAGCACUAGCCAUUUAAGCGAGGUAGAUUUUCAUCUUUCAAUUAAUUAAUUUGUACAACUGAUUUAUGUUGCAUUCAUUAAAUCUGCACAUAACAA